AUGUCUUCUCGAAUGAAUACGUCGCUCUAUAGUGAGCUUAAUCGUCUUGAACGCAGUGACUUCCUCCUUUUUCACUGCGUGCAGCUUUCACAACACGAGCGCGACGUGCAGCGGUACUUCUUUGGAUGCUACUUCCCGCGCUGGUGUGGGUUCUACUUGGAGGAGGUGCGGGAGCUGCCCGGCCCGUUGGGCUACAAGGUGCAACGUCACUUCCCCGCCUACCGCUUUGACGUGUAUUUGAAGGACGAUGGGGAAAACUUUCUUACGGAUGAUUUCCGGGAGGGUUCUAUAUUCACCCUGGGGCCCCCGCAAAAUCAGCGUGACGACGGACCGAAACGAUACAAAGUGGUACACUGCGACGAUAGCCGUUUGCGCACACAUACAGGUACAACGCUCGCGGCAAUUGGCAACGACAUAACGACAAGGCUGAAUCAAACACACCGUGUCUCUGGUGAGGCGAUAGAUCUCCUCCGUGAGAUUAGAGAGGCUUAUGUUGUAUAUGCUGGCAAUGGCAUUCCUGAGGUUGGUAUUAAGGCCAUGGGACGCCACUUUCGCCACGUCAGUGCGGAUGGAAAGCGGUGGAUGUCGCUGGAGAAUAUUGCAAAGUUUGUUCGUGACUCUCGCGCCUUUGCCAUUACGCUAUCCUUUCAUGACACGCAGCAGACAACGCUCAGAAUUGACGGUAUCACCAAAUGCAUUUACGAAGCCUUUCCACAGAACGAGGACGGCUGCAUUGACUACGAUUUAUUCAUGGAUUAUGUGCGUGGUCCGAUGAACCAGAAGCGGAAGGAUGCCGUUUGGGAAAUAUUCCGCAAGCUGGACUUUGACGGAAACGGUUACCUCAACAUUUUGGACAUUCAAGCCCGCUACAAUGCACAGGAGCACCCUGUGGUCGCGGUGGAGGGACUUUUUUCAGCGGACAAGCUCCUCAAGGGCUUUCUCACCAUUUGGGACGAGAACAAACAGUACGGACUGGUGCCAUAUGCCGAGUUUGUCGACUACUACAAUGGAGUGAGCGCGGUAAUUGCAGACGACGACAUUUUCCUUGACAUUCUCAAAAAUCAAUGGAAGGUGAUGCGUGACUUUGGGGGAGUCCUAGGUGGGACGCGAAGGGGGAAGUAA